AUGAAGAUCAUCACCAAAGAGGUCGAGGAGGCCCAUCACAAGGCCGUUCUCCAAGGAGUAACAAUCGGUGGAAUUGCAGGUCUCAUCGGCGGCUGGGCCGGUGUAUUGGUAGCAUCGAAACGAUGGGCCGGCGUCCGAAACCUCACACUCCCCAUGAAAGCCUUCCUGGUGACAUCGACAGCUACGUUUACCGGAAUCAUCGCAGCCGACCAUGGAUCCAGAUCGUUCGAGAAGAGCCAGAGAACGGACAUUGAGUUCCUAAAGGACCGCGAGUCCCGGUUGCGCCAGGAAGAACUGGCAGAGAUGAGCGUUAGGGACCGGAUUUUCGAGUUUGCUCGUCAGGAGAAAUAUAAGAUCGUUGGUGCCACCUGGCUUGCCAGCAUGUUCGGCUCGUUCGCCCUGGUUAGCCGCAGCCCGUACUUGACCGGAGCGCAGAAGAUCGUGCAGGCUCGUGUGUACGCCCAGGGCCUUACGCUGGCUGUGCUCUGGCGCCACGGCGGCAUUUGA